AUGUCUUCCAUAAUUAGGGCAGAGGAUGAGCAAUCGUCGAAAUCACCGUUUCCGAUUAUGUUACUUCCGGAAGAAGUCAUCAUUGACAUCAUAGCACGUGUACCAAUGUGCAAGUAUUCAACACUUGUCCUCGUUUCUAAAUACUUCGGGCCACUUGUUGUGUCGCCUGAGCUAUACGUGAGACGAUCAUUGUUGGGCUCUGCAGAACACUGUCUCUUUGUUCUCCUCUAUAAUUCCUACGAUUUUCACCGGUGGUAUAAUCUCUACCGGAAAUCCAACGGUAGUUACCGCCUGGUCCACAUCCCGUCGUUUCCCGCUCUGAACGGUGGAAAGUGUGUCGGGGUCGGCUCAAAGAUAUAUGUGUUUGGUGGAAUUAGCCCUGAAAAUAUUGCAUUGGGUGCCUUCAGCAUCGACUGUAGAUCUGAUAUGGUGCAAACCCUCCCUAGCAUGCCUAUACCUAAUAUAUGGUCAAUCGCUGGCGUCAUCGAUGGGAAAAUAUAUGUAACUGGAUAUUACGAGAGUGACUUCCAGAAGAUCCUGAUGAAGUUGUACAUGAGAGAUCAUGAUGAUAACAGCUUUGUUUACGACCCAAAGAAGAGUAAGUGGGGUACAGACGAGAUGAUGAAUUCUAAGAAGUGGAAGAAUGCGUGUGUGGUCGAUGACGUAUUGUACUAUUACGAUGGUGAGGGGAAACACUUGAGAAUGUAUGAUCCAACGCACAAGUGUUGGGGAGUGGUGAAUGGUUUGGAAGAGUUGUUGCUUGAGACUAGAUGUUUUCUGAGGUUAGUGGCUGCGGGUAACGGUGGGAAACUGGUUUUGCUUUUUCCUAACGGUCCUGGUCCUAACAUAGGAAGGACAGUUGAGAUUUGGUGUGCUGAGAUAUCGAUAUCGCUGGAAAGACGACAAGGAGAGGAGAUUUGGGGGAAAAUAGAAUGGUGUGGUCAGGUUUUGGGUCCUGAUCAUUUUUACUCAGCAGCACCUCUAGCUGUUAUGGUUUGA